AUGGGGGAUCAGAAAGAAGUGACCAUGGUCCAGAGAUCCACUUCAUUCAGCAUCAAGAGUCUGCUGCUUCCGUCGAAAAGCGAGGCGCGAGACUCAGGUGAGAGGAGCGCGUGCUCGUCAGGGUCCGAGUCGGAGAAAGGCUCAGGAGCGCGCGGGACCGACAAGGAGAAGAAGGCGGAAGAUCCAAAGAGCGAUCAAGGGGGAUCCGGUAAAAACGGCAAACUCGACAAGCCUCCUUUCAGCUACAACGCGCUGAUUAUGAUGGCGAUCCGACAGAGUCCCGAGAAGCGGCUCACCCUGAACGGGAUCUACGAGUUCAUCAUGCAGAACUUCCCUUAUUACCGGGAGCACAAGCAAGGCUGGCAGAACUCCAUCCGCCACAACCUGAGCCUAAACAAAUGCUUCGUGAAAGUCCCGAGGCAUUACGAUGACCCUGGGAAAGGGAACUACUGGAUGCUGGACCCAUCCAGUGAUGAGGUGUUUAUAGGCGGGACGACCGGGAAACUCCGCCGGCGCUCUGCGACUUCACGCGGAAAGCUGGCCAUGAAGCGCGGGCUGCGAUUCGCACCCUUCGGGUUUGGAAUAAACGACAGGUCGAGCAAUCCUCUGUACUGGCAAAUCUCUCCUUUUUUAUCCCUCCACCCUCCUUCUUACAGCGCCCCAACAUCUGGAUUUCUAAACCAGAACCACGGUUAUGGCUCACUCAUCCCCGGAGUGGAUCAGCUGGGGGGCACUGAGCUCGCCCGGCCCAUCCUCGGCUCGAACGGAGCUCCUCUUGGUUUUACGAACGCUUAUGGGUUUACGAGCUCAUCUCCGGUCGGGUUGAUACAGAGUCAGACUGGUUAUCUGGGAAACCAGCAGCAGCAGCAUCAGCAUCAGCAGCUCGCGCACACAAACCAAAGCGCGUCCCCGUUCCCGGUCUCCGCCACUCCGUCGGCGCGCGCGCUGCUCUCAGACACGCUCAGGGCCACGUUACCGUCUUCUUUCCCCCCCAUCGGAUCAGCCGACUUCCCUGCAGUUUUGUCUCAGCACAAACGUGUCCUUCCUAAUUCAUACUAAUUCACCGAACCCAGGCUUGUGAACACGUGGCGCAAAGAUUGCACGAAUUCUGACCAAAAUCACUUACGGGUUGUUUUACAAUCAGGGUA